AGGAACAGAAGAGGCAAAUUGAAAUUAUCCUAUCCCGGUCAUACAUCAGACUCUGAACCCAGAUUAAAAAAAGGUCAAGAUGCCAGAGAACAAAUGUCUGCAUCUCAACACACCUCUCAGAGAUAGUGUACCUUUGUCCAAAAUGGCUGGAAUGACAGUUUACUUGAAGCUUGAUAACGCACAGCCAACAGGGUCCUUCAAAAUUCGGGGCAUUGGUCAUCUGUGCAAGACGUGGGCAGAACGGGGCUGUAAACAUUUUGUCUGCUCAUCAGGAGGAAAUGCUGGUCUGGCAGCUGCUUACAGUGCCCGGAUGCUCUCCAUACCCGCUACUAUUCUUGUGCCCAACACUACACCCGCAUUUACAAUUCAGAGAAUGAAAGAUGAAGGAGCCACAGUCUGUGUUGUGGGAGAGAUGCUGGAUGAGACCAUAGAGCAUGGCAAAGAGCUGGUGAGGAAUAACCCAGGAUGGGUGUACAUCCCCCCAUUUGAUGACCCACUGAUAUGGGAGGGUCACACCUCACUGGUAAAAGAAAUUAAAGCCAGUCUACCUUCCAAACCUGGCGCAAUUGCCUUGUCCGUGGGAGGUGGAGGCAUGCUUUGUGGAGUGGUCCAGGGGCUCAGAGAAGAAGGAUGGGAUGAUGUUCCUAUCAUUGCUAUGGAAACCAAGGGAGCUCACAGUCUCAAUGCUGCCCUUCAAGCUGGAAAAUUGGUCACCUUACCAGAAAUAACCAGUGUAGCUAAAACGCUGGGAGCCAAAACUGUAGGAGCUCAGACCCUAAAAGUUGCUCAAGAACAUUCAGUGUUUUCAGAGGUCAUUUCUGACCAAGAGGCCGUGAUGGCUAUUGAGAAGUUUGCAGAUGAUGAGAAGAUGUUAGUGGAGCCUGCCUGUGGUGCUGCUUUAGCUGCAGUUUACAGCAAUGUUGCAGAAAGACUGAAAAAAGAAGGAAAAUUGAGCCCAGAUCUCUCCUCUCUGGUCAUCAUUGUUUGUGGAGGAAACAAUAUUACCCUAGCGCAGCUCUUCCAGCUAAAGAAACAACUGGGGAUGCUGUCCGAUAGCUCUGCUUAGAUCUACUACAUUCUUCAUAGUGGUAUUUCGUAUAUACAAGGAUUCCUAGGUUAUUUGUCUUCUCUUGUAGUAGGCAGGGGGAGAUCAAUGACAGCCCACUCUUACAUUGUUUCUGUCAUAUGAAAACAUUUCCAUUUGUUGUGUGCCUUGAAGCAGGUCUGGCCUGGGAUUCAAAAUAGGCCCUGGCAUUCCUAGUAUACAGAGGCCCAAACAGCCCACCGCUAAUGCUUAAUAGUCUUUCUAUGGCAUCUUAUAGCAGCCCCUCUGGCAUUUGCCAGAACCCACAGAUUGCCAAUCCGGGCCUGCCUUGAAGCCAUCAUUGAAUGUAAGAUGAACAGAAUACUGUUGGUUACAUGGCUGGACCAGUGGUCCACAUUAUUUGUAGAAGACAAAUAGCUCAGAACUGUAAAUAUGCUCAUUUAUUUAUAUCAGCAGAUGAAAUCCAUGCACAGGAAAACUGUGGUGAGGAAAUUUAGACCUUUAUGUAGUGAAACAAUAUAUAAAGCACUGUAAUACAUCGGAUAAUUUACUAGGGACUAAUUUGUUUUCAUGCCCUAAUCAAUGGGUAGCUAGUGGCCCUUCUGGUUACAAAGGCCAUUGCAUCAUAUGUGAAUCUUCUAUUCCCGAUGCACACAGAAUGUAUAUUAGCCGCACAUAAUUCCUUAGCAUUGGGCACAAAAAUAUUUCCACUAUCUUAAUACAGCCAAAACAUAUCAGUGGUAUUUCUGUUUAUCAAUGAUUAUUCAGUUAAAGGUGAACUAUCUCAAAAAUGAAAAGUUAAAUACGAGUCUUCAUCUCAUAAAAACAAAAGCAUUUCUGAAUAUUUUUCAUAGUCAAAAAAAUUUUUCAUCAUCAAAACCGGACUCCUGCAUGAAAAGGGAGAGAUUGUGGAAAGGGAUAUAAUGGAGAAUAACUUGAUUCUUUCAAGUACAGUAGGGAAUUUUUAAUUGAUUAUAUUUAGAAAGUGCAUUAUGUCAAAGAGAUGGAGCUCAUAAAAAUUUUUAAUUUUUUUUUUAGUUAAUUUGCCAUUUUUUUCACUGGCAUGAGCAGGGAUCGAAUAUAAAAACAAAGACCAAGAAAAUCAGCUGCAGAUUUAAAAGACUUGCCACUCGGAUAAUAUCUCCAUUUUUUUUUUAUAAUAUGUCUUUUUGUGUUCAAUUUUUGUAAAAAAAAAAAAAGAAAAAGAAAAGUUUGUUGUGAUGAUUUUAAAUACAACUGUGGUUUUAAUACAUCUAUUUAAGUAAAAA